AUGGAUCCACAGAGCGUGGCCUUUGUUCCGAACAACGACUCCUGGCGCCUGUGCAACGACUUGCUGCGCCUGCAGCAGGUCCAGCAAGACCACACCGACCGCCUUCUACGUCUCGAACGUCGCCAGGACGACGACGCCAGGAUGAAGUCGGUCUGGGGCGCCACCUCUCCUUCCCGAGCGUCCUGA